AUGAAUUUUGAUAUAGUAAAUCAAAUUACAAAUUUAUAUAAACAAAAAGAUUGGAAAUCUAUAAUAAACACCUACAGAGAUCAUCCAGACAGGAAUAAACUUUUAUGGGUGUUCCCAACAGAAGAGAACUUCGAGUUUAUUGCAAAUUGUAUGGUGGAAUUGAAAUGUGAUAACAUACUUAGCAUUGGUUGUGGUAGUGGCUUACUUGAGUGGAUAAUCACUGAAGCUACAGGUUAUACUGUGUCCGGUGUAGAAGUAGAUGGCGCUUGGUGGCACUGUAAAUACGCCCCGCCCACUUUUAUACCUCUCCUACUCACUAAGCCUGAGUUAGACAAGGACGUUGUCACAUUACUACGAAAUAGGCCAGGGGAUGGGAAGGACGUUUUCACUGAUCCCAAGCCAUUUGGAGAUGUGCCACAAGAAUGGACACUUCAUGCUGUUCAAGAAGUUGGAAAUAGUCAAGACUUUAUAGUAGUAUACUGUAAAAGAUCUAGU